AUGACUGUCGCUUCCAUGGAUGCUCCCGACCAAGACCUGGACUUUGAUGACAGCAAUCUUGAUCAACUACCGCAAUCCACUCUGCAGAACUUGGAGCUGAACGCCAUCUCAUCCACCCAGCGAGAGGUCGCCGCCCGCAGGCAAUGGCAAUACCAGCAGACGACCAAACCUCUUCGAUUGACUCGUCCGAGUCUGCCACCCGUGACUGCUCCUGCCGUAACCACUGUCUCGUUCAAUGGCCCAGCGUCUCCGGAAUCUGACUAUGGGCUCGACGAUAACGAUGACGAAGAAGUCCUCGACUUGAACGCCGACACGACAGUCUAUCAGCCUCAACUACACCACAACUAUGCUCAGCCUGCAAACGAUAAUACAAACUACCUCCCUACUGAGGUCAAUUUAACACACGAUGCUCCACCGCACUACGAUCAGCUCAGUCACGCCGCCCCUACGCUUCAGCCCGGCGACACGACAGCUAUUGACGCCCACAUCAAAAAGGUGCGCAUUGCCUUGUGUCAUGCAUUCUAUAUCGCUGACACGCCUUUCGCAGNNCUCGAGGCCGAACUCGACUCUUUUCGCUUGGCCCUGCAGAACGCAAACGAUGAAAAGCAAAGACAAAAUGGAGAGCUAUCUAUACUCCGCGCAAGACAAAAGAAACUUGCCGAAGAUUACGAACUUCAAUUGCAGGCUUUGAACCAGUCGCACGCUGAUGAUGCCGCAAAGCAAAAGGCCGAUCUGGAUGCAAAGAAANAAGAGAUUGAAGCCUAUGAAACAAACAAUCGUUUCCUAGAGCAUGAUCUAGCUCAGGCUCGAGACGAAAGGGCAAAAAGGCUCAAGCCCACUAGAACCAACACGGGUAGACUCACGCGUCAGCCCUCGCAGUCUUUGCCUUACCGCGAUGGCUUUGAUGACAACGAGAUCGUGACCUUAUCUCCUUCGAAACCGAAGGAUAGAUCCAAAUCUUCCACUCCCAAGGUAGGCGAGAAGCGCAAGAGGAACGCUGCUGUCAGCCCUGCUCCUCAUCUUCAAUUAAAUGCCCAACCCUCUAUAUCCUCCUCGCCAGCUCUGAAUGUCGCCGAAUCAACACCAAUCUUCGAGGAGUUGGUUCGACCACAAGAUGAUUCGCGAUUUCAGGUAGAUCUUGUGCAAGUCCUAGCUUCAGCUCUCGAAGCUGACUUUGAACAGAUGAUUCGUCGUCUCAUGAACCAUCGGCCAUCAAAUUCUCGAGAACGAGUCUUAGAGACAUUAAGUCGGCUCGCUUUUCCAUCUUUGCCGGGACAAUCCAUAUCUGGUCUCAUUACCGAAGGCUUGUCCCAAUUCAUUGCUGUGAACGAAGACGACGGUUUCUGGGUCUAUGCCUGCAAUCUACUUUCAGACCUAUGGGAGAGAUGUUUACAUGACAAGAUGUACACGCCGAUCUACCUGAUUCUGGAUCUGUACGAGUUCAUCCUAGCCAUGUCUGCUGAGCCUCCUAAACUCUCACUAAUUGAACGCUUCCUUCCACUCGCAACCAAAACAAUCGACCUGGUUGCGCUGCCGCGAGUGCGCCUCCACACGGGCGCUCAUGUAGACCAACAUCUUCUCGAUUGCAUUGACGUAGAUCAGAUUCUGACCCUGAUGCAUAGUAUGGCAUUCGACGUCAGCCUCAAUGCGGAAUCUUGUCAAGUGUUCUGGAAGAAGAUGGAGUUUGACUUCACUUUGAUGAUGCUAAAUAAGAGUCAACCGCUUCCGCAGAUCAUGCUGGUUCUCCAGAUGCUAGGGAGCUCUGCUAUGCCAGAGUCGUUCAGUAUCAUUGCGGAUGAUCCAGAGAAGCAGUCUACCUUGGAGGGCCAUACUAUCGACCGCCUUACAACAUUGCUUUUCGAGAGACCCGAGGCUCCUCUAGGAGAGACACCAUACGAGGACAACGAAGUCGCGGUCUUACAGAUCGAGACAAUACGGGUCUUGAGUUCACUUGCUGUCACCAAGCAUGGAAGCGAAGUACUCGCUCGACACCGCACAGCGAUUGGUCGACUCGUCCGACUAUUGCAUGUUUCGGUCACCAAGCUCUACGAUCUCCCUCUCACGACUCAUAAUAUUCUCGCUGAAACAAGCGAGUCAUCUAGCUUCAGCACGAUCCACGAAUACACCACUAGUUUGAUCAAUCUGACAGUCCGCCUGCUGUAUCAUUUGUUGAUGAAUUACAGCGACAUGAUCAAUCUCCGUGAGAAGCUCAUGGUAAUACCUGGGGGACAUCACAAGUUUUUGGUAUCUUUGACAAGGCUCGCCUUUUCGGAACAGUUGGUGUACGAAGCUGGGCUUGACAAUGAGGCUCUCGACGCUGCGCAUGAAAUCUUGGAUGGAAUUUUGAGCCCUGAAGAAGGUGAAGCGGUCGUACAAGCCAUCGAGACGCCUAGAGGGCCAAACGGGACGAGGAUGUCUACUUGCAGUUGA